AUGUCAUUCGGCACGGGAUUCGGAGUGACUACCUCGACGCCGGCUCCUGCAUUCAGUUUCGGUGCCACGGCCUCUACGACGGCGACUCCCGUGAAACCGGCAGGAUUUGGGACACCGUCCUUUGGAUUCAGUACACCAGCAACAUCAGCUCCAAGUCUGUUUAGCACCGCUUCCACUCCAGCAACUGGUGGAUUUGGAACAAGUACUGGAUUCGGUACACCAGCAGCUACUGGCUUUGGCAGCACAUCCACAACUGGAUUCGGUACUACACCAGCAUUUGGUACCAAUCCCACCAGUGGAUUCGGGUCCACUCCAGCAUUUGGUACCACACCAGCUUCAACGAGUACCGGAUUCGGGACAUCUACUUUCGGUACCACUCCAGCAUCUACCACAGCUUUUGGUGGGUUUGGGGCUGCCACAACCACACCUUCCUUGGGUUUUGGGGGAUUUAGUGGAUUUGGAACAGCAACAACCACCACUGCACCUCUAUUCUUUGGAGGUUUUGGAACUACGAGCACAGCCCCGUCUGGCUUUGGUACAGGCACCAGUUUCGGUGCGUUUGGAACUAAGCCAACGACCACAACCACCACCACAGGUUUUGGCGGGUUCGGUACUGGCACAGGAUUCACGGGUUUCGGCGCAGGGCUGACACAGCCUCAGCAACAGCAACCAUUCCAACAACAGCAACAGCUACAACAGCAAACCGUCAACACCAUAUCCGAAGCGUUGUACAAUGCUGUCUUCAAUUGCCAACUAUACAACGACGAACGGGACAAUGUCAUCGCCAGAUGGAACCUCAUACAAGCUCUAUGGGGCACUGGGAAAGCUUACUAUUCCAUGAACGUGCCGCCCAUAGACCUUAAUCAGGAGAAUCCUCUAUGUAGAUUCAAGGCAAUCGGAUACAGUCGGAUGCCCGAGGCUGACAACAACGACGGAUUGGUUGUCUUCUGCUUCAACAAGAAGAAGAACGACAUCAAAGAGGGCGAGACUCAGUUGAUAGGCUUUAUGAAUAAUGUCCUGGGUAACAAGCCAAACUUAUCAUUGACUAUAGAUAAUAUCAAGGCGACCGGUGAAGAGAAGACUCAGGUGACCAUCUUUGUCACCGAGAAAGGCAUCACUGGGGCUCCUAGAAAAAUACCUGCCAACGAGCUGGUCACUUAUUUAUCUCAGCCAAUGCAGAAGCAACAAUUGGUACAGAAUGGCGUGGAGGACAUGUUGCCUUUGGUCAAAUUAGAUCCAGCUCAAUUAAAAGAGUAUUUGGACAAUCCACCUUGUUCAAUCGAUCCGAGAUUAUGGAAACAGGCUCAGUUGGACAAUCCCAAUCCAGAACUAUACAUACCGGUGCCGAUGAUUGGAUUCCAACAAGUGAAGCACAGGCUAAAAUGUCAAGAGGAAGAAACUGCUAGACAUAGGAAUUUCUUGGACAUGGCAGCGGAGGAAAUUCAGAAAUUGCAGAGGCAACACACGGCGAUACAAGCUAGACUGAAGGAGCAUAGGAGGACUCUGUUGGAACUUCAGCAUAGGGUUCUGCAAGUAUUGGUGCGUCAGGAGAUUACUCGCAAAGUCGGACUCUCGUUGCAACCGGAAGAGGAGGUCCUGACACACAGGUUCGAAGCCAUGCACUCGCAGAUCAGUGCACCGACCCAGUUCAAGGGUAGAAUCAGCGAAAUGCUGUCUCAGUUACGAAUGAGAAGUUACAUAGACACCCAGAAUCAAGAGAGAUACGCGAUGGACCCCAUAGCACAGGACGAUAUAAAAGCGUAUCUCAGCAUGGAACAGCAGGGAAUGGCUCAACUGAUAUCGACGAUACACGCCGACUUAGAAAGCUUGAAGAUUAUCAAAGACAGCAUGUCCGAGCUUUUAAUGAGUCACAGUAUAUCGUGAGGGUUAUAUUUAGUAUCAUAAAUUACACCCGAACAUUUCUUUUUCUUUCCAUGAAAAUGUUUACGCUGAUAACACGAUUAUGGUUAUCGUCGGCGAUAAACGACGCAAGAAACACGGACAAGACGCGAAGACCCUGUUUGCACCCCCGAGGUUGCGGUGCCAUAAUUUAUUUCGUUCCCAUCUCGCACACGAUGCGUAGUAUAUAUUUUCACGAUUGCGAACGGUUUGCCGAUCGUAGGAAAUAAUGUUGUCAAUUGUAAUUAUAUUGUGGCUCAUCGAGUGUUAUGCAAUUGUUACCGAUGGAGCCUUGAACAGCGGGCCGCUCGGGAAGAGCUU